AUGGCACGCUUGUCAGGUCUUCAGCGUGAGGUUCUGUCCCUAUACCGCAAAUGUCUUCGCGAAACACGAAAGAAACCUGCUUUUCGUGAACACAAAGACUACGACAAGAAGGAUUUCAGUGCCAUCGAGUACAUGCUUCGAAAAGGCCAACGUCAACUGGAAAUUUACUCGUCUCCUGGUAUCCGAAAUGUCAUGAAGUAG